UUAUAAAUACCCCUUUCUUCACUACAGUUUCACUCUCUACUCGAAACCCUAAUCUCUCUCUCUCUUCUGCAACUUUGUCUCUUACCCCUAGUUUCUUCGUUCCUUCAUUUCCAUUUGAAAAUGCGUGAGAUUCUUCACAUUCAAGGUGGCCAAUGUGGUAACCAGAUUGGUGCCAAGUUUUGGGAGGUCGUGUGUGCAGAGCACGGCAUCGAUGUCACCGGGAAGUAUACCGGAGACUCUGAACUCCAGCUUGAGAGGAUCAACGUUUAUUACAAUGAGGCUAGUGGCGGAAGGUUUGUUCCACGCGCGGUGCUCAUGGAUCUGGAGCCUGGUACCAUGGACAGUCUCAGAUCUGGUGCUUACGGACAGAUCUUCAGGCCUGAUAACUUUGUUUUUGGCCAGUCCGGCGCUGGUAACAAUUGGGCGAAAGGACACUAUACUGAGGGUGCUGAAUUGAUCGAUUCGGUUCUGGACGUCGUUAGGAAGGAGGCCGAGAACUGUGAUUGCUUGCAAGGUUUCCAAGUUUGCCAUUCCCUUGGUGGUGGAACAGGAUCAGGAAUGGGAACUCUUCUGAUCUCAAAGAUCAGAGAAGAAUACCCCGAUAGAAUGAUGAUGACUUUCUCUGUAUUCCCUUCUCCCAAGGUUUCUGAUACAGUUGUCGAGCCCUACAAUGCCACAUUAUCUGUCCACCAGCUUGUUGAAAACGCAGAUGAGUGCAUGGUUCUUGACAACGAAGCACUCUACGAUAUCUGCUUCAGAACACUAAAGCUCACAACUCCAAGCUUUGGUGAUCUUAAUCAUCUCAUCUCUGCAACCAUGUCCGGUGUCACCUGCUGUCUAAGAAUCUUGGGUUGCUGUUUAAUAUGGUUUGAUUUAUGUUUGCGUAAGAUUUUGCCUUUCAACCUGCUCUCCUACUACAUGAAAAAUCAGACUCAUGUGUCGUCGAAAUGGUUCCCUGCCACCAUGGUGAAUCUUUAA